AUGACCACGCUGACCUCGCUGCUUUUGGCCGCGCUGCUGUGGGUCCCUGUAAGGACCCUGACCUGCUACGGGGACUCGGGGCAGCCUGUGGACUGGUUCGUCGUCUACAAGCUGCCAGCCGAGAGCGGGCCCGGGGAUGCGGCGCAGAGCGGUCUGCGAUACAAGUACAUGGAUAAGGACUCCGGGGGCUGGCGCGAUGGCGCGGGGCCCAUCAACAGUUCGGCGGGGGCCGUGGGCCGCAGCCUCCUGCCGCUGUACCGGAACACCAGCCAGCUCGCCUUCUUGCUAUACAACGACCAGCCACCUAACUCCAGUAGGGCUCAGGACUUUUCCAGUCGGGGACACACGAAGGGUGUGCUGCUCCUGGACCAAGAAGGGGGCUUCUGGCUGGUCCACAGCGUUCCUCGCUUCCCUCCACCUGCCUUCUCUGCUGCAUACAGCUGGCCUCCCAACGCCCAAAUCUAUGGGCAGACCCUGCUUUGUGUGUCUUUUCCCCUCACCGAAUUCUCGAAGAUUGGCAGACAGCUGACCUACACCUACCCCCUAGUGUAUGACCACAAGCUAGAUGAGGCCUUCGCUCAGCAAGUCCCCAGCCUGGAGAAGGUGGUCAAUGGCCAGCAUGUUCUCCAAAGCCCCUGGAACAGCAGUGUAACACUCACAUCCAAGGCAGGGGACACCUUCCAGAGCUUUGCCAAAUUUGGAAAAUUUGGAGAUGACCUGUACUCUGGCUGGUUGGCAGAAGCCCUUGGCAGUAACCUGCAGGUCCAAUUCUGGCAAAACUCUCAUGGCAUCCUACCCUCCAACUGCUCCAGGGCCCAGCAUGUGCUGGAUGUGACUCAGAUAGCUUUCCCUGGGCCAGCUGGGCCAACCUUCAGUGCCACAGAAGACCACUCCAAGUGGUGUGUAACCCCAGAGGGGCCCUGGGCCUGUGUGGGUGACAUGAAUCGGAACAUCAGAGAGGAGCACCGGGGUGGGGGCACACUGUGUGCCCGGCUGCCGGCCCUCUGGAAGGCCUUCCAGCCUCUGGUGAAGGCCUGGAAGCCCUGCAGAGAGAACAGAGCCUUCUUUCCAGGAAGCCCAGUAGAGCAUGUAAGAGCUAAGGCUCAGGAGCCAGUUGGGACCUGAGUCUGAACCCCAGUUCAAUGCCUU